AUGGGCACUUCAGUUAGUCGACAAACCGAUUUGUCUUCGAAUGAAUUCCUUGUACGUUUCAUCGCGAAGGGAACUAUUUCUAAGGAUGACAAUUUUUGGGAUAGGUUUCUUUCGUUUAGCAUUACACCGCCUUGGAAGAAACAAUUGUCGUUGGAUUCAAGAGUCGAAACGCUUUGUCAAAAGUUAUUGCUGUACGAUACGCAUACAGCAAAUUUUUCUACGCUGAUCCAAGUGUUUCAUGCUAAGGCGUCGAAGAUAUUGUCAUUAACGAAUACAGACAGUAUAGUCUUAAUAUGGCAGACUUUCAAUGCAUUAUUCGUUAUAAGAUGCAUCAUCAAAUAUCUAACAGAAACUGUAUCCGAAUACCAAAUGCUACAACACUUUGAAGCUUCAGAUAAACUAAAGACUCAGAAACAAGUAGAUAAUCAUGUAGAUAACAAUGUCAAUGCAAAUGUUAUUGUUGACAAACAAACGCAAGAUACUAGCACGCAGAUCAAUGGUGUAUCUAAAGAAAAUAAUAAAGGAUUUAGCAAACGCAUUGAAUCGUUUGUUGAAGACUUGAUUAAUAUAAUAGCCAUAGUUCCUACAAGAGAUAUUACCUAUGCUUUACAUUUGGAAGCUGUAAAUUGUGCCUUAAUUCUUCUGACAAAUAAUGUUUUUUCAAAUCAGAAGACUGAAGACUCCGUGAUAUACAAAACUGUUAUGCAAGGUGUGUGUUGUGUUAAAGCUGCCCCAUUGACGAGAGCCUUAUUACAACAUAUAAGUCAUUGCACAAAGGCUCCACCUUCGAUGUUUGGAAACGCAAGCGGAGGAUCUUUUGUAUUAGAUCUCUGGUCUUUACUGACUUUCUCAAAAUCGAGAUCACAAACAACCCAAGCAUUAAAUUCUGAUUCUCCUGAAGCAUUGGCAGAAAAUUUUAGAGAGACGACACCAUUAGCAAAUCACAGUCUGUUGUUAUUGCUCGUGUUGACUAACCAUUGUACAACUCAGAAGAACGUGUAUAGAGAUUGCUUGUUUAGUUGUGUUGACACUAAUGAUCCUAGCAAUAAUGACUCAAUAAGCUUUCGUGUUGACUUCUUACCAUUGUUCAACACUUUGUGCAACAUUGUGUGCCUGGAUCAAGCAACGCUUCUAUUGUAUUUACUGCUGCAUAAAAAUCAAAAUUUUAAAAAGUUUGUUUUGACGAAUCAAAAUCUAGACUUGUUGGUUGUUCCAAUAUUGAGGACUUUGUACAAUGCGCCAAAUAGUACAUCCCAUCACAUAUACAUGUCUUUGAUUAUUUUAUUGAUGUUGAGCGAAGAUGAUGGUUUUAAUAAAAGUGUACACCAAAUGCAACUAAAAUCUAUUCCCUGGUACACGGAAAGAAGCAUGACUGAAAUAUCUUUAGGGGGUUUAUUGAUUCUUGUAAUCAUUCGGACUAUACAAUACAAUAUGAUUAAAAUGAGGGAUAAAUAUCUGCAUACGAAUUGUCUUGCUGCACUAGCUAAUAUGUCAGGUCAAUUCAGAGACCUCCAUCCUUACGUUGCCCAAAGAUUAGUCAGUUUAUUCGAAACGUUAGCCAAAAAACAUUCAAGACUUCAACUUAUGUUGCAAAAGAAAACGCAAAACGUUCCUGUUGAAACUGUUAUCAAUACUACGGAUUCAAACGAUUUGGAGCAAGACUUAAUAGUUUUAGAAGAAGUCCUUCGUAUGGUUUUGGAAAUUCUGAACUCUUGUCUUAGUCAACAGUUACCUGCAUGUCCCAAUUUAGUUUACGCUUUAUUGUACAAUAAACAUAUUUUCGAACCCUUUAGGACUAAUGCUGCUUUUCAAGAUAUAAUACAAAACAUCGACAUGGUGAUAGGAUUCUUUUCCUCAAGACUACAAAGGGUGCAAGAGCAGAGCGAGUUAGGAGUGCAUGAAGUUCUGGUCACGAUUAAUAAAGGUUCCACACAAUGGUCAAAGGAUAGAUUAAGGAAAUUCCCAGAAUUAAAGUUUAAGUAUGUCGAAGAAGAGUCUCCAGAAGAAUUUUUCAUUCCGUACAUUUGGGGCUUGGUGCUUAAUGGUAGUGCUUUAUAUUUUAAUUCGGAAAGCUUGACAUCAGUUGCUACUGUGUAAAUUCCAGAUCUAUGAAUUAUACAACCCUCGAGACUUAUUAAAAACACAGUUUGAACUGUCAACUGUUUAUUUAUUUGACCGAUCAUAAAUAUAAUGUAGAUCCUUAAAGACACAUAGAUAAUAUAAUCAAC